AUGCCCAACCCCAACCCAGUCCGUCGAGUCGCCAGCCUCAUGAAAGAGACGCUGCGCACCAACGCAACUCGCUCAGCCAUCUGGCUCCAGAAGAAGCGUACCGGCCAGAGCUCUUCCUCGGGGGCAACUCGACCAUUCUCCUCGACCAUUUCUAGUGAUCAGACGAAAGGUCGUCAGCUCGGUACCACCAUGGAGAAUACGCCGCAGAACGAGAACAACCAGGCAAGUCAAACGGGAGAAGAACACCGACUCCCCCUCCCGCUCGUCAUGCUGCUAGAGACGCUUCUAUCGCGCGAGGACUUCUCCCUGGCCAUGACUCUCGCGGACGAGCACGCGCCGGAAGUCGUAUACAUCGUGGUGGAUGGACCGGAACAGCUUCCGGCAGAGCAGCAGCAGCAGCAGCAGCCUCCGCGAUGGAUGAUUGACCGCAGCUACCGGGACAAUGGCAAAGCCCUGGUUAUCGACCGAGACGGAUGGAGAACGCAGUGGACGAGGGGAGAGGAAUUGUUUGUCCCGGAGAUAUACGACGGAAUUGCAUGGGCGGCGGAGGCGGCGAUCACCAGCAUCAGAGUCUGCUAUCCCGAGGGCCUGCGUUGGACUGGGCUUGUUGAGAUAUACCCUGUGAGAAUCGUGGAGUCGACUUGA